UCUCAGCUACAUCAUACUCAGUGGCAGCCAUCUUCAUACAACCUCCUUUGUGGCACCUUUCCUGACAAAGAAAGGAUAUAGAGGCACUGGAGAAAGUGCAAAGGAGAUACACAAGGAUGAUACCGGAAAUGCAAGGUUAUACCUAUCAGGAAAGGCUGAACCUCUUUUUUUCUUGAAAAGAGAAGGGUCGAAAAUGAUGCACUGGUUGUUUCUUGCCCUUCUAUUUUUUAUGCAAGGUGGGAGCAAUUGUAAAGAAUUUGAAAAAUAUGACACAUCACCACCACCUGUGGAUCCAGAAGCCUAUAUGAACAUUAGUCAGCUCAUUUCCUGUCAUGGCUAUCCAAGUGAGGAGUAUGAGGUGUUGACUGCUGAUGGAUACAUCCUCAGCAUAAACAGAAUUCCACAUGGACUUAAAGGACAAAAUAAACAAGGACCCCGGCCAGUUGCAUUUUUGCAACAUGGCCUUCUGGCUGCUGGAAGCAACUGGGUCACUAACCUGGUGAACAACAGCUUGGGCUUCAUACUAGCAGAUGCCGGUUAUGAUGUCUGGAUGGGAAAUAGCCGAGGAAACACAUGGUCUAGAAAGCACAAGACUUUGGACGUUAGCCAGGAUGAGUUCUGGGCCUUUAGUUAUGAUGAAAUGGCUCUCAAGGACCUUCCUGCAGUGAUAGACUUUAUCCUCCAAAAAACACAGCAGAAACAGUUAAGCUAUGUUGGUCAUUCUCAGGGAACAACAAUGGCUUUCAUAGCCUUUUCCACAAUGCCUGACUUAGCGAAAAAAAUCAAAAUCUUUUUGGGUCUGGCUCCUGUUGCAACUAUUGCGUUUUCUAUCAGUCCCCUAGCAAAGCUUGGGAAACUUCCUGACUUUGUGACUAAGGAUCUUUUUGGAAAGAAAGAGUUCCUUCCCCAAAAUCGCUUUCUGAAAUGGCUUGCCACGCAUGCCUGCAAUCAUGAAUUGAUUCAGGAACUGUGUGGCAAUGUGUUCUUUCUAUUGUGUGGAUUCAAUGAAAAGAAUCUCAACAUGAGCCGAGUACCAGUUUAUACAACGCACUGUCCUGCUGGAACGUCAGUGAAUAAUAUACUUCACUGGAGCCAGGCUGUGAAAGGUGGAAAACUUCAGGCUUUUGACUGGGGCAGUAAAAAAGAAAACAUGGCUCACUAUAAUCAGACUACGCCACCUCUGUACAACGUAAAGGAGAUGACCAUUCCUACUGCUCUCUGGAGUGGAGGUAAUGAUUGGCUUGCUGAUCCUAAAGAUGUGGCCUUGUUACUGACCCAGGUACCUAACCUCAUCUAUCACAAGAGGAUUCCUGAAUGGGAACAUCUGGAUUUCAUCUGGGGACUGGAUGCUCCAGAACGUUUGUACAAUGAAAUGAUUGAGCUUAUGAACAAAUAUCAAUGAAAACGGGAGAAUCUGCUCUGAGCUUUUGUUUCGAAAUUGGAAUGUGGCAAAGCACUCGUUCUGAAUCUUUUCCUUUUUUCUUAACUGUCUUUUGUUGAUACUAAAGUGGUUUCACAUGAUUUUAAAGAGAGCCAAAUAAUAUAAUUGAAACCACUAAAUCUUUAAAUGCUUUGAAGAUUAGACUUGUGGUUAAGGAAAUAAAAUGUGUGUCUUGUGGUGGUACAGUAACGUGCCAUGGCAUGGCAACAACGAAUGACAGUCAGGCCCACAUAAGUUCCUGGUCUCAGCUCUGCUCCUGCAGGGAUGUGUUGAGGGUUUGUCAUCCUGAGCUGCUGUUGCAUUAUUUCUAGUACUUUGUCAGGACAUUUGCUGAAACCUGAAAACAGGUUGCCCCCUGUUGGCUUGUCAGUUCUUCCUCAGCCACAGACCUCAUUGAAACCAGGGAGAGAAAAAUUUACGUUAAUGCAGCUAAUUAGCUUGUCUCACCAUAGUUAUUUUGGAUUUCAAGCAUGUGUUUUCCAGCAAAUGUCUUCUUUUGUCAGAAAGGCUUUAUAUUUUUUAGAAGGCUGCUUUAUUCAUACAGCUCUUUUUAAGUAGAAUUUCAAAGAACAUUUUGUUAUUUUCAAUCUGAAAUUUAAUCUGACAGAUUUUCUUUGUAUGUUACUGCCCUGCCCCAAUCAAACUACUAUACUGCAGUUCUUUUGGUGCUCGUGUGGAUAUUUACAGUGAUUCAAGGAACAUCAGCUUCAAUUAGUUUCUGAACAGUGAUUUGCACAUUUAUUGAUGAUAUUUAAAAGAGACGCUUUAUUCUGAGAGCUCUAUAGGAAUUGUUUCAACUGCCACUUGACAUGUUAUUAUCUAAUUUAGGUUCAUAUUGCUUAUUUAGAAACUUGAAAAUGUUAGACACAUACAGUAUUGUAAUGUAUGGUCUUUGUCAGCAAGGCAACUUAUGAGAGAGGUUGUGUUUGAUUUUUUCAAUAUAAUUUUGAAUGUAUUUUAUAGGCACACACCACUGAUUAAUCUUUCACAUGUACAAUAAAUGAGAAAAACAUGAUUUUGUUUGUAACCCAUCAUGAACUGCACAGCAACAACAAACAGUGGCUGUGAUCGAUGAGUUCCAGGGAUUUCUUGAAACAUGUGAAAGAUCAACACUCAGUACUGUCAUUUGUGAGAUUUAGCUAAUUAUUUUUAUACAAUCAAAACAAGUUGUAUUUAAUUACAACAACUUCUUGCAUUUAUAUAGCGUCCUUCUUGUUGGGCAGCAUCUCUGAACACUUGAAAUAUGUAUAUGAACAAUUCUUAUGGAAAAUCACUAAUCCCUUGGCUUAUACCACAAUUUCAUUUGGGUUACUUUUUAAGAGCCAAUUUAGUGAUUAAAAUCCUUGGAUUUGAUACAGUGCCUUAUAUUGAGUCAAAAAUGCUUUACAGAGUUUUCUAGAGACUGUAUAUUAGUAGGUGAACAUGUCAGUCAAUUUGCAACUAGGAUUAUCCUCCACAUCUGCUCCACAUCCCCCGCCCCAACCGCCCUACCAUCGGUGGCCGGGUCUUCAGCCUUUAGGCUCUGGAACUCUAUCCCCCAGUGCCUUCGCCUUGCCUCCUCCCUUUCCUCCUUCAAGGCCGGUCAUAAGACCUUUCUCUUUGACUGUGCCUUCAGCUCCCCUCUCAACUCUCUACCCCCUCCUCGUUCCCUCCUUCCCUCCCCUCACCCUGACCAAUUCCCCCCUGCUCGGGUCCUGACCCAACUGUAUAGCGCCUUGGAACGUCCUCCCGACAUGAAAGGCGCUCUAUAAAUGGAAUCUUGUUGUUGUUAUUGUUGUAUCCUACACACAGACAAAGCGAAUUACAUUUUUUUCCUCUAGUGAUUGUUGUCUAGAGAGGCUUCCUUUUCUUUUCAGACAAUGUCAUCAGAUCUUUAAUGUUCAUGUGAAUAGGUAAAUGGAAUCUUGCUUGAAUGUCUCAGACCAUUUAAAUAUCUGGGGAUUUUCUCUAUGAUGUAGCAUUGCUGUGCCCUGAUUUAGCCAAGUGACCUUUAGGGUUCAGGUGUGGCAGAUUUUUGCAUCAUGAAACAAUAAUAAAAACUGUCAAUUUUUUAUUGCAA